AUGUCGGACGACGAGUUUAUGAUGGACGAGGACGAGGACUACGGCUUCGAGUACGAGGGAUCCGACAACGAGGACGAUGUGGUGGACGUCGAGAACGAGUAUUACACGGCAAAGUCGCAACGCGACACGCCCGACGUCGCGCUCGCCUCGUUCCAGAAAAUCAUGCAGGACGAAUCCGACCGGAAUGACCAAGGCGAAUUCGGGUUCAAGGCGCUCAAGCAGAUGACCAAGCUGACCUUCCGUCUCGGGCGGUACGACGAGGCUCUCGCGCAUUACAAGACGCUGUUGACGUACACGAAGAAGGCGGUCACGCGCAACGUCGCGGAGAAGGCGAUCAACCGCGUGUUGGAUUAUGUCAGUGCUGAGGAGGGGAUCGGGCUGGAUAAGAUGCAGGAGUUUUACGAGGUCACGAUGAAGGCGCUCGAGGAGCAGAAGAAUGAGCGCUUGAGUACCAAAACGAACCUCAAGCUCGCCAAGCUCUGGCUCGACCGCCACGAAUAUGCCCGCCUGAACAAGAUCCUCCGCGAGCUCCACGCCCAAUGCGCACCGACAGACGACGGUGCAGACGUCGAUUCGUCCAAGGGGACGACGCAGCUCGAGGUCUAUGCGCUCGAGAUUCAGAUGUAUGGCGAGAUGAAGAACAACAAGAAGCUGCGGGAGAUCUACGAGAAGUCGCUGCGCGUCCGCUCGGCCAUCCCGCAUCCUCGCAUCCAAGGCGUGAUCCGCGAGUGCGGCGGCAAGAUGUACAUGUCCGAAAAGGACUGGACGAAAGCCCAAGUCGAUUUCUUCGAGGCGUUCAAGGCGUACGACGAGGCUGGGUCGCCGCAGAGGAUUCAGGUCCUCAAGUACCUCGUGUUGGCGCACAUGUUGACCGAGAGCGAGAUCGACCCGUUCGACUCGCAGGAGACCAAGCCUUACAAGAACGACCGCGAGAUCGCUGCGAUGCAAGCACUCGUCUCUGCCUACCAGCGCCGCGACGUGCACGACGCCGAGAAGAUCCUCCGCACGAACCGAGAGACGAUCAUGGACGACCCCUUCAUCCGCUUCUACAUCGACGACGUGCUUCGUUCACUGAGGACGCAGUGGAUCCUCGAGAUCAUCAAGCCUUACAACAGGAUCGAGAUUGCCUACCUCGCGAGGCAACUGGGCAUCCCGAACGAGCAGGUCGAGGAGAUCGUCGUCUCGCUCAUCCUCGACGAGAAGGUGCAAGGGCGGAUCGACCAGGUCUCUGGGCGGCUGGAUCUCGACAGGCACACCGCCCUCGAGACUCGCCGCUAUCAGUCACUCGACCGCUGGACCUCCCAGCUCGUCUCGAUCCAGAACCAGCUCCUCUCAAAAGCCGCUCAAGCAGGCUCGGACCGGAACGGACCUGGCGGAGGAGCCGGCGGGUCGAUGGGCAUGGGAAUGGGCGGCUGGCAGGAUGUCAGUCCGCAGGUGUUCUGA